UCGGCUACUUGGGCCUGUCUCCGCCCAGCAGCGGGCACUUUGAGUGCCGGGCCUCGGCCCCGGCUCCCGCGGAUGGAAGCGCGCUUUUCGAUUCCACCCCCGGACUGCCGCGAGCACUGUCACUUCCUUCUUUUUGCCACUCUAGUAACUUACUCCUCUACUGGGCUGGCUUUCCCUUAGGGUGUCUGGCCCUGGUCUUGCCCCGGCAUGACUCUCUUCAGGGCGCCGUUGUGGGAGCCUCACGCAGGCGGUCUGUUCUCAUGAAGAUCCCACUGGUGACUCUCCAACCUUGCCACCAUGAACGGGGUCCUGAUCCCCCAUACGCCCAUUGCCGUGGACUUUUGGAGCCUGCGACGGGCUGGUUCCGCACGGCUCUUCUUCUUGUCCCACAUGCACUCGGACCACACCGUGGGUCUGACUAGCACCUGGGCCCGGCCCCUCUACUGCUCCCCAAUCACCGCUUACCUCUUGCAUCGUCACCUACAGGUAUCCAAGCAUUGGAUCCGAGCCCUGGAGGUUGGUGAGAGCCAUGUCCUGCCUCUAGAUGAAAUUGGGCGAGAGACCAUGACUGUAACCCUCAUCGAUGCCAAUCACUGCCCUGGCUCUGUCAUGUUUCUCUUUGAAGGCUACUUUGGAACCAUCCUCUACACAGGUGAUUUUCGGUAUACACCGUCCAUGCUAAAGGAGCCAGCCCUGAGAUUGGGUAAACAGAUCCAUACCUUAUACCUAGACAACACCAAUUGCAACCCAGCCCUGGUUCUUCCCUCCCAACAAGAAGCUGCCCGCCAGAUUGUCAAGCUCAUUCGAAAGCACCCACAACAUAACAUAAAGAUUGGACUCUACAGCCUGGGAAAAGAGUCACUGCUGGAACAUCUGGCUCUGGAGUUUCAGACCUGGGUGGUAUUGAGUCCUCGGCGCCUGGAGUUGGUGCAGCUGCUGGGCCUGGCAGAUGUGUUCACAGUGGAGGAGAAGGCUGGCCGCAUCCAUGCUGUGGACCACAUGGAGAUCUGCCAUUCUGCCAUGCUGCACUGGAACCAGACCCAUCCUACCAUCGCCAUCCUUCCCACAAGCCGGAAAAUCCGCAGCUCCCACCCUGAUAUCCACAUCAUCCCCUACUCUGACCAUUCCUCCUACUCUGAGCUCCGUGCCUUUGUCGCAGCACUAAAGCCUUGCCAGGUGGUGCCCAUUGUCAGUCGACAGCCCUAUAAGGGCUACUUUCAGGAUACCCUGAGCCCCAGGCUCUCUGUGCCCCUGAUUCCAGACUCUGUGCAGCAAUACAUGAGUUCCUCCUCUAGAAAACCAAGCUUUCUCUGGCUGUUGUUAGAAAAGAGGCUAAAGAGGCCGAGAACCCAGGGUGUCGUGUUUGAAUCCCUUGAGGAAAAUGCUGAUCAAUCUCAAACUGACAGGGACUCAAAGAAGGCCAAGAAGGAGAACCUUUCCGGAGACCUUGAGAAGCAACCCUCCCUCCAUCCUUUGCAGAUCAAGAAGCAGCUGUUCCCAGACCUCUGCAGCAAAGCACGGGGUGGGGCCGUCUCCCUCUCUGAGUCCCAGAAGAUGGUGACUGUACCGACUGCCCCCUUGGGUUUUUCAGUGCACUUAAGGUCUACUGAUGAGGAAUUUCUCUCUCCAGAAACUGGGGAGGAAAUUGUUGUAGGGCCCCACUUGGUACCCAGGGGAGACAAGGAUGGCUCAGCAGCCACAGGGAAGCAGAGCGCGUGGAUGGGCCAGGAUUCUCCCCUGUCUAACAGCAGCCAGGCUGCCCCUCUUCUGGCUCCUGAGUUCAGGGGCCUGGCACUAAAAUACCUUCUGACUCCAAUGAACUUGUUCCAGGCAAGGUUCUCUUCCAGGGGCUUUGACCAGCAAGUGGAAAAAUACCAUAAACCCUUGCUAAAGGACAGAGAGGAGAGUACAGAAUGACAACCUUGCUUGAUCCAACACUGCAGUUUUGAAGAUACUGGCUAGUGGGGAGAGUUUGUUUUGGGCCUUACUUUUCUGUCUUCACAGGAUCCUUACAGGCUCAACCUAGAAGCGACACUUCUCAACGUGUGUUCAUUGGAAUCCCAGUGCCUAUGGAAUCCUUAGUUUUAUAGUUGACUGUGUUUAAGAAACACUUUUCAUUAUAACCCCUUC